UAGAGAGUUUCAUGCUGUCUUCUGCCGUAUUUGAUUCUCGGGGACCCAGCUUAACUUCAGCCAGUCCAUCCCCCCCACCCAAAUCUGCUCUUUGAUUUUACACCCUGUAUAUAAUAAUUCAAAUCGGGAUUUGCAGAGUUUCGGCUCUCUUUCUUUCCUCCUGACCCACAAGCCUAAAAGCCAUGUUGCUGCCAUCGUCAGUGCUACUUGCACUUAGCCUCCUCACCUGGAGUCCCAGCUCAUCAUGGGCUGCUAAAAUCAUUGUGGUCCCACCUAUUAUGUUUGAAUCACACCUCUACAUCUUCAAGACUCUGGCAACUGCACUACACCAAGAGGGUCAUGAGACCCAUUUUCUAGUUUCAGAGGGCCGUGAGGUCCCACCUUCUCCUCAUUACCAUUUACAGCGCUAUCCAGGGAUCUUUAACAGCACGACAGCUGACAACUUCCUCCAGUCUAAAGUCAGCAACAUCUUCUCAGGACGCUUGACAUUUCUUGAACUGUUUGAUAUCCUUGACCACUACUCUCAGAACUGUGAUGCUGUUGUCGGCAAUGGUGCAGUAAUGAACCACCUGAAGGAGGCUAAGUUCGACUUGCUACUAGUGGACCCUAAUGAAAUGUGUGGUUUUGUGAUUGCUCAUAUUCUGGGUGUGCAGUAUGCCGUUUUUAGCACAGGGUUGUGGUACCCAGCAGAAGUGGGAGCCCCGGCGCCGUUGUCAUACGUGCCAGAAUUCAACUCACUCUUGACAGACCGCAUGUCCUUUCUGCAGAGGAUCGCUAAUACAGGCGUUUACCUGGCACAGCGCUUUGGAGUCCAUUACAUUGUGUUACCCAAAUAUGACCGGAUUAUGAGAAAGCAUGGAGUAAAGCCGUAUGCAGCCAUGGCUGACUUGGUACAGGGGAGCAGGCUGUGGAUGCUGUGCACUGACAUGGCCCUGGAGUUCCCAAGGCCCACUCUUCCACAUGUAGUCUACAUUGGAGGCAUUCUCACAAAGCCCCCCAGUCCACUUACAAAGCAUUUUCAGGACUUGGUGAAUGACACAGCAGAGCAUGGCUUUGUGGUUGUGUCGUUUGGUGCUGGAGUGAAGUACCUCUCCCAUGACAUUGCUCACAAACUUGCAGGAGCUUUAGCAAGGCUACCACAGCGCGUCAUCUGGAGAUUCUCCGGAGUCACACCCAGUAACCUUGGUAACAACACGAAGCUCGUUGAUUGGAUGCCACAGAAUGACUUACUGGGCCAUCCCAACACUAAGGCCUUUCUGAGCCAUGGAGGCCUAAACAGCAUCUACGAGGCCAUGUAUCAUGGGGUGCCGGUUGUAGGUGUGCCCCUUUUUGGAGACCACUAUGACACCAUGACCCGUGUGGCAGCAAAAGGGAUGGGAAUCAUGCUGCACUGGAAAUACAUGUCGGAGGAAGAUCUCUACAAUUCCUUAAGCAGCGUCAUCAAUGACCCUAGGUACCGCGAGCAGGCUCGUCUCCUCUCCAACAUCCACAAAGAUCAGCCAGGUCACCCAAUCACCAGGGCUGUGUACUGGAUCGGCUACAUCCUCCGUCACAACGGAGCUAACCACCUGCGCUCAGCUGUAUACGAAGUGUCCCCUUACCAGUACUUCCUCUUGGAUGUGAUUUUUAUUGUUGGAGCUACUGGCGCUCUGAUAGUGUUCCUGCUGCGUAGGCUGGUACAUCUCCUCAGGGCCAAGGAUGGGCACCAGAACAGAAGAGUGGAUGGCAGCAUGACCAAUGGACACUGCCACUCUGAGAGCAUUGCCAACGGGAAGCACAAACGCAAUGGCUCUUUGAAAACCGAGAAGAAGAUAAAUUAGUAUGUCUGAAUGGCUAAGUGAGGAAGAAGUUGCCUUAGGGACUCAGCUCUUGGUUUGUUUCAUUGCUUUAAUGAAAGCAUGGAGCAAAAGCUGUUCUUAGGGCUGCGUCACAAGGCAACUACUACUCAUAGCGAGCACAAGGCUGUAGGAGGAUUAAAUGUGCGAUGUGUGGGAACAGAGCAAGGCAUCGGGUGCUCCAAAUCUGUGUGUAUGUGUGUGUUUAGAUGAAUGUUUGUGCUACAAGGCAAAAUUAACAUUAAAAAAAGAGAAAAAAUAUAACCACAGCUAAAGCAAGACACUGGAAGGUCUUUUUGAGGAUGAAAUACAGGAAGGACACAUCUAUAAGAGCAUCUCAUCUCCAUGUUCUAUGCUGGCUUCCUUAGCAGGAGGAGUAGGACGAAGAGGAGCCAACGCUUUAUCCUCGGAACAAAGCAACAAAUCAAACAGCUUUGGAUUGAUCCUUUAUUUUAAAGCAUCUGAUGGUAACUGAAAAUAGAGGAAACAUCUAUUUAUUGCUGCUCCAAUGCAUUUUAAUGAGGGAACUUUUUAACUUUGUCUUAUUGUUAAUUUAUUUCAUUUGUCUGUCAGAGGUGUGGCAGUAUGACCGUGGAUGUACACUCCUUACUCUGAGGUCACAGCUUUGUAUGAGUCAAAGAAAUAGAACACUGACAGCAACAAUUAUGAAUCUGUGAUGGCUUUUUAAUGUAGAUGCAACUGACUGAUUCAUCCUUGUAAAAAUACGUCCUCACUUUUUCACGUAGUAUUGCACAACUUGUUAACUACGGUGGCAUUUCCAUCUAUUCCUGACUGUCAGCCAACUCUGCUUGGCUUCUCUUUGUCAGAAAGUGAUUUUGCUUGGUUUAUUUUAUUUAGAUUUCUUUUUUAAAUUAAAGCCCUAAACCAGGGAAAGCCAGAUGGGACAUCUAACGGUCCUAAAGAGACAAGGAUGGAUCAGAGCAUCACACAUUUAUGAUUGUUGCUACUGUGCUCCAGUUUCUUCAUUCUGUUUCCAGAUUCUAUUUAUUAAAGUAAAGAGUUCUUUCUCUGUUGCCAUUUUCAGGGUCAAACUUGACUUUGUACAUCAUUUUUUUCCAUUAUUUAGUUGUUACUUAAAUUUAGGGUAGUAAUUUUUACUUUUUAGGAAUGCUAGCCUUAAGUUACUUCCACUAACUCUUUCCCUUCCAUAAGUCUGGAUGGCUUUGUUGCAGUCCAUGUGAUAACCACCAGAUAUAGAAUAUUUCAAGCUUGCGUCUCAAAGUCAUCAUACAGCGUUAACCUGGGUUUGUUGACAAGGGGACUGUAUGGUUAAGCCCUUUGUUGUUGACAGAAUUGUUCAACUUUUUCAAUGUUAAAACAAAUAAUCAAUUUUUAAAAAAAAAUUGAAUUAGUCUUAAACUUCCUUUGCCUUCCUUAACCUUCUAUUUAAUGACAUCAAGAGAUAUAUUUAUGAAAUAAGAUCAGAAAAAAGCCACAGUACCGAUAUAAACUACCGUAGCUAAAGGCCCAUGAAGAGCGGGAAGGUAUUUGGUAACCAUCACCUUUGCUUACGGAAAAGUAAAUCCCUUAAAUACUUUAGUUAUUGAAUGCAGUACUAUGUCUGUCUGGAGACUGUGGAAAAUUUCAAGUGCAUUUAUUUGGGCGGGGGGGGAUUUAAAGGUACCCCAAAUAGUCUCCGUAAUAGAAUUUUUUUGUUUGUUUGUUUUUCUAUAUUUUUUUUUUAAGAAUGUUUCAAUCUGUCAUUUCAUUAAUAAAACAACAUAAAAAAUUGAUACAGGAUGAUAAUUACUCGCUUAAACUCUAACAUCGAAUAAGAGCACCAAUUAGACUUAAAAAACCUGGAAGUGUGACAAACUUGGCAAAAAACAAAACAAGGUAAACCUGUCACCAUGAUAGUAAAAAAAAAAGAUACAAAUAGAAAAUUAAUUGAUUCCCUGCUUAAAGUUGGAAAUCUGUUGCAAAACGUGUUAUUUUGUGGUUACCAAAUGUUCAUGAUUUAUUUUAAGCAUUUUACACAUCUUUGCCAGGGUUGGCAAUUGUUGCUAAGACGACUGUACAUGUUAAAAACAAAGAAAACAGUGAGCUGAACAAUGUAAAACAGGAAAUCUAACUUAAGUUAAAAAAAAAAUCAGUUUCUCUCUGUGAGCUACUUUUGACACCUGCACCACACAACCAGCCCUGCUGAAAAAGGACAGAAUCUUAUACUUGAAUCAACAUCUAAAUAAUCAUCUGUACUAUUAGCAGUUGGGCGCGGGUGGUAGGUGGAGUUGCAGGUGCUACACAGGCUAUGAACGGGGUCUGAAGCUUAAAAAAUGUUUCCAGUAUUAAAACUGUAGUCUUGGCUGUUUGAAGAAAGAUUCAAUUUUCUUCUGUUUAUUUUCAUAUUAAUGUCAAUAGUCCUGUGAUGUUUGUAUGUGAUCAGCUUGAAUGCAGCCUCCAUAGGUUUACCUACUUGCUCCUUUAGUCGUCUCUUUGUUCCAACCUUCAUUCAUGGUGUGUUCAUGCUCUUUUCUUUGACCUCAGAUAUAUUUUUUCCUCCUACUUUCUCACAAUGUUUAGAUUUUGUUUUCCCCUCUUUAUGGAAUGACAACUUGUUUUAUGGUGUAAAUAGAAUGUAAACAAAAUACUAACGCUGAAUAAAAGUCACAUAUUUUGUUUGCA